AUGGAUGGUAUACUCAAGGCUGUGUCUGUGUUUAAGAAUUUGGGCAAUGCUAUCGCCAAUGUCGACCCGUCCCAUAUGGGAGUCGCUUGGGUGGGCGUCAAUAUGAUUUUGCAGCUGAUACUGAGUGGCGCCGAACAGAAUGCUGCCGCGCUUCAAGGGUUGGCUCAAAUCUCCCCUAUUAUCACGAGAUAUGCAAAGGUUGAGGAGAUCUAUAUUGAGCAAAGACAGAGAAGUCAGGCUAUAGAUCUCAACAAAGACUUCAGAACGCAGGUCGUCAAUCUCUACACCACUAUUUUGGUAUACCAGGGGACAAUCAUAUCGCACAGUAAACGCAAUCGCUUAGUGCAGUAUGCGAGAGCAAUUCCAAAAGUCGACGACUGGAACACACUAUUGCAAGAUAUUGUCAACCUGGAUGCAGAGUGCAGAAAGUUUACUCAGAUUUUCGACUCCGAAGAACAAACGGAUCGAUACUGGGAGCUAAAGGAUAUCUUGGAACAACAGGAUCAACAGAUGGAGCAAGUGUCUUUUGACUUGAGUCAUAUAAAGGACCAAAAUGAGGCACUGAUCAAUGAUAAUGAUCGGCGUGAACAUAAAGAAAUCCUUGAUUGGGUCUCAACUAACAUGCCUCACAAUGAUCAUAUCCGAAUCCUGGAGCAUGGAAAGCUGAACAGCGACUACGCACAGUCAGGAAAAUGGCUCUUUUGUCGGUCGGAAUUUGAGUCGUGGCGGAAUACCAGUGAUGAGAGCCAGUCUGUCCUCUGGUUGCCCGGACCAGUUGGCACCGGAAAAAGCUCUUUAGUUUGUCUUGUUGUGGAACAAUUUUUGAAUCAAUCAAGACCUAUUGGCGAAGAACCCGAUCGAAUGGCAUUCUUUUAUUGCUCGAGAAAACAGGGAACAAACGAGGCAAAUAGUCCAAAAGCCGUUCUUCGAAGUAUUCUUCGUCAACUAGCGUGGUCAAAAACCAAUCUCUCAGUUGCACCCAUUGUGAAAGAGAGUUACCGACAAUGGCAGCAAGAUCAGGGUUAUGGUGGCCGUGAGCUACUAGCAGAUGACUGCAUUAAGCUGUUAAAUCAACUUAUCGCGUCCAACAAUCACACUACAAUCAUCAUUGAUGCUUUGGACGAAUGCUCCGACUUUGACGAGCUCCUGUCUAAUCUAGAGGAAAUAAUGGUUGCAGGUCAAGGGAGAGUCAGAUUUCUACUUUCGAGUCGAAUGCAUGUCCCCGUUCAGGAUGUAUUUCCAGACAAUGUCAGGAUAGAAGUCGGUCUCGAUAACAAAGAUGACAUCGAACUUUUCAUCAAAACCAAGAUUGAGCAGAAUCAACGACGUCUGGAUCAAUGCAAAUCAUCGGCGCUCAAGCAUCGAAUCAUUAAGACCCUCAGCGACCGGGCUCAAGGAAUGUUUCGAUGGGUUGAACUGCAGCUGGAUAUUUUCUUUAGCUCCAAGUCUAAAAUCAGGCGACCAGAUGUGUUCAGGAAAAAGCUUGAAACACUUGAAUCAGGAUCUGGGAUUCCAGAGCUGGAGGAGGUGUACGACGAGAUUUACGAUAUGAACGUGUCGACAGAUGAGGACCGCAGUGCUGCAGAACGAACAUUGAAAUGGAUAAUGUGUUCCCGAGGACCUUUGAGCAUCGAAAUCCUCGUGAAAGCGGUGUCUCUUGGUUCAAAUGGCGACCCCGAUGAGGCAGUGGAUGAAGACUAUAUUCUGGCAAUCUGCAGUAACUUCAUCAUCAUUGAUCAUAACCAAAUGGUUCAGUUUGCGCAUCUCUCAGUUCGAGAAUAUUUGGUCAGCGGCUUAAAGCAUCGCUAUACCACCGCCAAUGCAAAUACUCAGGGAGAUGCGGACGCGACGGAAAGGGAUGGGUUCCUUCAGUAUACAGCGUUGUACUGGCCAUUCCAUUAUUCACAAGCAUUGGUGGACGAUGAAAAAGGACAACCCCUUGAGAACCUUGUCAGCAAGCUCCUAUCCCCUGGAGAGCCAAGCGAUGGUUUCACCACAUGCUUGCAAAUCUGGGCAGAUGUUUUAGAGGAGGUCGAUACCCGUGAGUUGUAUCCGAGGAUCAAGGCUAGCUUGAAUCCAACCAAGUCUCCAGUAUUUACGGCAUGUGCCUGGGGCUUCUAUGGCGUGUUACAGAAGGCAUUAUCUGCUGCUUUCAAUCUGGAUGAGCGUAAUGAUGAUGGUGAUACUGCUUUGGCUGUGGCAACAUCUUUCAACCAUAUUGAAAUAAUGACCCUGCUACUGGAAAACGGGGCAGACGCUAAUGCAAUUGGGAGUAAAGGGGGGUCACUUGAGGCUGUCAAACUUUUGAUCCAUCAUGGGGCGGAUGUCACAAAGGCAAUUAAAGGCCCCAUAAAUGACAAGUGGACACCGUUACAUCUAGCGACAUGCCGUGAGUUUGAGGAUAUCGCUCUUCUCCUACUGGAAAAAGGAGCUAGUAUCAAUGCAAAGACCAAGAGUGGCUCAACACCUCUACAUUUAACCAUUCAUGGACGCACUGCAGUUGCACAACUGCUUCUGGAACACGGCGCAGACCCCAAGAUAGAAGACAAAAACGGCCAAACGCCUUUGCAAAAAGCAGCAGCAAAUGGUGAUGAGGAUAUGUUAAAGCUCCUUUUGAGAUACCAAGGUCUUGAGUCCGAAGCAAAGAAGUGGACUCAGCAAGCGCAAUUUUACAAUGCAGUUCGUGAAGGGGAUGAAGCUACUGUUGGGCUGCUACUAGAAGAUGGUGUAGAUAUGAUGACGAGAAGUGUUCGGGGAGAAUAUCCACUGCACUGGGCUAUGCACCGCGGGCACCGAGGGGUUGCGUCUCUGCUUCUGCAGAAAGGCGCAGAUAUUGACGCAAAAGAUAAAUUUGGCGAGACUCCACUGUUGUUGGCUUGCAGGGAGAGAAAUGAGGAAAUGAUGCUGUUCUUGCUGGACAAAGGGGCAGACAUCAAUAUCAAGAAUGAAGAAAGAGCAGGUGGAUUCACGGCACUAUCUUUAGCGACUUUCUUUGGGGAACAGCAGAUUGUGGAAAUGCUGUUAAGACGGGGAGCGAGCCCAUCAAGUGUGGAUCUCGAUUCAUUGGAAGCCGCAGAGGAAUAUGAUCUAUCUGACACGUCUGGAACUUGA